CUGCAAGCGGUGCAAAAAGGCACAGCAAGCGAGCAACCAACCAGUUGAAACUCAGACGCCAGACGGGGGGGGAGGGGGGGUUUGGGAUACCACCGCCAGUGUGAGACAUAGUAUAGUAGUAGUAGCAGUAGUAGGAUAGUAUCUCGCUCAGGCAAAAGAGCGAAAAGGCCGUAGUAAUGGGAGGCAGCGUGGGAGAAACCUCCCUGGCUCAGCACCCGCCGGCCUCGUUCGGGAAGAGGUUUUGGCGUCCUCUCGCACCCCUCCCCUCCCCACCCGCAACUACUCUUGUCGCCGCCCGCACAGCACAGCACGCUGUCCCCGUCCAGCUGAGCUUCCCUUAGUUGACUCCCAUUCGCAUAAACUUCCCACUCUCACACCAACGACGACACUCGCCAUAGUACGAUCUAUCUGAGUAGUGGUCCCACGUCCGCAUAGUCCAGUAGAAGGGCACGCACGGUCCAGCAAGCGUCCACCAACCAUGUCGUCCACCGCCGCCGCUACCGCCGCAAGUAGUGAUACCCCUGCUGGUGCUGCUGCUACGGGAUGCUUCCAGCUUACAGGGUCAACCGCUUGUCCGGAUUUAAGUGGGAUGUAUGUCGCACCACUACGGAACGGGUUCAACGAUGUGGCCACAUUCGACAAGUACAUCGUCAGCAAUACGAAGCCCUCGCCGGACUACAUCUCCACCUUCAGAUCCGCAUUCUCCUGCCCAGCGUUCGACGGUACGGGCCAACGCUACGCCACAUCCGUGCAAUGCUUCUUCUUUGUCGCCAAAUCCGGAUGCGCCGAGAACCCGAACCCGCUCCCCGCCUCCGACACCCUCUGCCAAGCCCCAUGCCAGCAGAACGUCGCGGCCAACCGAGCCAUCCUCUCCAACACCACCCUCUGCACCUCCAACCCCGCCGCCGCCGCCGGCACCAACCGGAAAGACCUCACGGCCAUCGAAUCCUUCUGCUCCACCCUCCCCACCACAUCCAAAUGCUCCAAAGGCCUCCGCGCCGAAUUCGCUACCUGCGGAUUCGCAACCCCGCUCGAAGCCCAACGCUACUGCUCCACCCAAACUGGGAAAGCCGACCCUUGCUGCAUCAUGGUCGCCUCCACCGCAGCCAUGUCCGCCGGCGACCCGGGCUCUUUAGUCGACCCCAUCAGCGCCACCCCUUACAUCGCCUCAGGCCUCGCACUCGGCGGAAUGCUCCUGGGAGCCACUCUCUUCUUCUUCUACGUCAAAGUCCGCCGCUGGAGAAGUGUCACAACCACCGCGAUCCAACCAGGCGAGAACGAAAUCAAGCCGGGCACGACGCUCGGACGUACGGGUACGGUCGUCCGUGGCCGCAUGGACGCCGAAGACGGCCCUUCCUCCUCCCGGGGAAGGUUCAUGAACACUGUCCGGAAAUCCUUCCUCGGGCCCGCCCGCUCGACUACAAUCUCCCCCGCCGCACCCGGAUCAGGACCAAAACAACAGUCACUGAACCGUCCACCGCUUCAGUCCCUGAACCGCCAACCGCCUAUGUCCAUGUACUCCGACUUCAACCCCUCCUCCUCCAACAACAAUGGAACGUAUCAACGCAAUUCCCCCACACCCCCCAUGCCAGCCAUCCCACCCCGUGUACGUAACGCACCCCCGGAAUUCUCGCUCCCGGUCCUCCCAACCCAACCGGCCAUGAUGGAAACCUUCGAGAACCGCGCACCCUCCAUCCUGCCCCUCGCACAAACAAUGACGGUAGUCCAGACUUACGAAGCACAAAUGGGCGAUGAACUAACGUUGAAUAUUGGGGAUGUUGUUAGCGUGGAUGAGGAGUUUGAUGAUGGCUGGGCAGUCGGAACAAACCACACAACCUCCACCAUCGGCGCAUUCCCACUCUCCUGUCUCGAGCCGGCCUCCCCGCAGCCCUACCCGGGUGACAACAGCGAUGAAAUGGAUCCGAGUGUGCGCGCAUCGGAGUUCUUCUCGGCGUACGCGAGGCGAAGUAUGCGGGAUGGAAGUGGGGUUGUGAGGGAGCGCGGGGUUAGUUUGGUUGGGAUGCCUAGGGGGAGGUAGAUAUCUUUGAGGACACGGCGUAAUUGGGGACGUCGGCCCGUGACAUUCCUAUCAUGAAGCAGACAUAUCCACCCACCGCAUCAUCAUACAUUUGUACAUUCUUCUUCGACACCCCAUGAUCUGAACAUCAACCACCAUCUGUACAUUUCUUCAUCUGUCCCAACAAAUCUUUCUGUAACCACUUGUAUAUAGACAGAACAACAUAUAAACAUGAACUUUUUUCAAG